AUGUAGUCAAGGUUAAAUCUAGAGCUGAAUAAUCUAAAUAGCCAAGAUUUUAUAGAAUCUACAGCUAAAAAAAAUGAUAGCAGUUAAAUUUACAAAUAUUCUAAGAGAUAUGCAGGAACUUUGAAUAAUUCUGUAAUCCUGUCACAAAAAGAAAGAGAGGUAAACGAAAUAACAUACAGAUUGAAUAAGGCUAGAGAUAUGGCUAAAGAGAAUAUUUACAUUAUGUACCCUAGUUUAAAACAUUCAAUAGAUUAUCUAAGUACUCCAGUUAGAAAACUCCCUCAAUAUUAACAAAUAAGUUUAAAGUAUCCUCAAACAACUAAAAAAUAGAACUUUCCUCCUAUAAAUUUGAAAAGUUAUGACAAUUUGAAGAUUUCUUCAGAAUUAGAUAUAAUAAGGGCUCCUCCAAGAGUUUAAUCAUUAAGUGAACUCAAUAAGUAGGUUUUUUUUAGAGAUUUUAAGUUAAAAAAGAAAAAAAAACCCUAUGAAGGAUUAGAUAACCGUUUGGAAAUAGAAUUUCCAAUACAUAAUGAAAAAGAUUUUGUUAAUCUUCAUUCGUAAGGGUUUAAGGGAAAAUAAAAUAUAGAUUUGUUUAAGCAUUAUUUAAGGAUGUAUAUGAAAAAUAAAUAUAAAGUGAAUCAAAUUAAAAAGGAAAGAAGAGAUAAACAUAAUAAAACUUUAGAUUCAUCAAAAUAGAAUUAAUUUAAAUAACAUGAUGAGUUUUAAAAUAACACAGGAUCCUAUCUGGUUGAUUCAAUAUUUGAAAAUUUGGCACCUUUAUCAAAAAAAAAUUCUAUAAUAAAAAGUCCGCUAGCUAGGUCACCUAAAAACUCAUAGUUUCUUACAAAUUUUAAAAAAAGUUAGUAACUCGUAAAAUAGAGAAUGAGCUUAUAAGAGUAUAUUGUUGAUAAAAGCUUAAAUGAUGUUAUUUUAUUUGAUAAUGUUAUAACUGCAUAUGAAUAGUCUAAUUUCAAAAAUUAAAAUGAAAUUAAUUAGGCUUUAAAUUAUUCUUCUAAUCUUAAUAGAAAAUCUCUUUUAGAUUAGCUUUCUGAAAAAAUAUAAAAUAAAGUUAACAUCAUAAAUAUAGAUCCUAAUACUCUUCCUUCAAUUUAAGAUAAUAAAGAGAAUGAGACCAUGUUUUUAAUAGAAGAAAUAUUUAUCACUUAAAUCAUGAAUAAAAUUGCAAAGCAUGGGCUUAGUAUUCUCAACCUUCCUGAUUAUAGAGAUUUUAAAAGAAUUGUUUUGUCAAGGAAGAAGAUGUUAUAAAAUUUAUCGGAUUAGAUAAGAGUUGAAAAGCUAAUAAACAUUAAAAAAAACCUGAACCAACAUUACAAUUAGGAAUAAGAAGCUUAAUUCUUUCAAAAAAAAGAAUAAUUUUAAAAGCUAAAGCAAGAUGAGUAUCUAAAAUGUACUUAAAUUUACAAUUCUGAUUAAUAAAUCAAAGACUAAGCAAGCUACUAAAUCAACAAAUUAUCUAACUUAGAAGUAUCAUUAGAUAGUUCAGAGUACUAAAAUAGAUUUUAGAACAUGAAUGAAAAUUUUUAAAACUUAUCUAUUAAGCUAUCUCCUAUUACUUCAAGAAAAUAUAAUAAUGAAAAAUUAAAUAGUAUCAAAAUUCUGAGCUCAAUUAAUGACGGCAUAGGUAUUAGUUCUCCUAAUAUAAGUGAGCUACACACAAACAGGGAGAAGCACAGCUUACAUUUAGAUUACACAAAUAUUGAAAUUAAGAAAAGAGAUUAUGAAGAAAUAGAGACGUAAGAAAAUAUAAGGAGUGAAAAUAGUUUGGCAAAAGUGGAGAUUGAAAAAAUAAGCGAAAAUAUUACUAAUUUAGUAAAGUCUCCAAAUAAUUUUGUUGAUCUUUAAGAAAAACUAAGGUAGAGAUUAGCCGAAAGGAAUGCAAUCAAUAAAACAUCAGUGCCAUCUGUUAUUGGAAAUCAAAGCUAAAUUGAAGUUGAAAAAGUUGAAAAUAAAAUUAAUGAGAAAAUUGUAAAUGAGUCGUUUAGUUAUUAGCAAGAAAAAUCUACCUUAAUUAAUGGAGAAUAGCAAAGCACUAGAUAUAUGUCGUAGAUUAAUGAUUUAAAUUCUAUAAAUAAGUCAAAUUGUAAUGGAUUAUAUGAUAACUCUACCAUUUUAUCAAAUGUAGAAAACAAAGAAAUUAGCUAAGUAAUUUAACAUAAAAAAAUUAAGAAUAAAGCUUAGCAUUCUUAAAUUUCUUAAAAUAUUAAAUAAACUGAUGUCCAAGAAGAAUAAAAAGAAAAGUAAGAAGAUCAAAAGUAAAUGUAAAAUGAAUCUGAUGAAACUAUUGAAUUAUUACUUGAUGUAGCCUAAAAAUAUGGGAUUGUUGAAGAGCUUAUGAAUCUUUUUUAGUAAGAAGAAGGAUAGUAGCCUAUAAGUAAAGAAGAAAGGGAAGUUAGAUUAAAAAAAUUCAUGGAACAAGUUGAAGAAUACACAAAAGAGCAUGAAUUUUAGUAAAAGAUAAAAGAAAAAUAAAAAGCAUAAGCGAUUAAAUUUGAAAAAAAGAAAAUAGAAAAAAUUAAAAAAAAGAAAAAAUUGGCAUCUUCAUCAAAUCAAAACUUAUCACAGAUAAAUGUUUUAGACGAUCCAUCAUUAAUUAAUAUAAAUACAAAUAAUAGCAGGGAAAAUUCUGUAGAUAAAGAAGAUUUAAAUAGUUAAAUUGAAUCAAGGACGAAUGAAAAUGAUAAUUAACAUACAAAUGAAAUUAUGAUUCUUCCUUCACUAAAUUAUAAUACAAACUCUGAAAACACUGACGAGGAGCAAGCUAAUUCUAAGGGUUAACCAUCAAAUUUAAAUUUAAAAAAGAUUAAAAGAGUACCAAUUCCUUCUAUCUCUGAAAGAAUUUACACAGAAGAUAUCAAGACAUCAAGAUCAGAUUAGAAUAUAUUAAUCAAAGAAAAAUAACUUGCUAAAAAUCUUACAGAAAAUUAAGUUCAGUAUUCAUCUGAAAUUGAUGCUUAGAAGGCUAAUAAAUUUUAUGCAGGGCAAAGUAAAAAUAUUAAGAAGUAGGAAGACAAUAACGAUUAUUAUGAAUUGUUUAGCUAAAAUAAAACAAAUAAUAAAUCUGAUGUUGAAAUUUCCUAUAAAUCAGAUAGUAACAAAGGAAGCUCCAGGUUGAUUAGCUAAAAAUUGUUAAAAAAUGGUGAAUUAAAUAGAUAUAAGCCAACCCCAAAAAGCUAAAUAUAAGUUGCUGUUACUGAAUAACAGUAGAGAUUACAAGAGAGCAUAAAAAAGAAAAAUACGGAAAUGCAGAAAUUUUUAAUGAGAGAUAUGAGAAGUCAAAACGAAUAAAUGUUAUCUAAAAAAAGAGAAUUAGAAAACACCCUUAAAGUAAAUUUUGGUUAAAGAUCAGAAAACACCAAAGUACGUGAAAGAAAAAGAAGUCAAAGUCCGAAUGACAAAAGUAACAACUCUUCUUUUGGAAAGAAUAACUUUUAAUAAAUAUUUAAGAAAGAUGAACAGCUUAUUUAAGCUUAAAGGAAAGAACUAAUGAUUAAGUACUACGGAGAAGAAAAGAGAUAGGAAAUAAUGAUGAAUACCUAUACAUAUGAAGAUGAAAAGGAAAUAAAAGAAAAAAUUAAAGCCAAGGAAGAAGCCAUUAAAAAGAAAAUGAAAAUCGCUGCUACUAAAAUGACAAUCCAAUAAGAAAAAUUUGAAGACCUUGAUCCAGAAAUGUUAAUAUUUCAAGAUAUUUUAGAGACUCAUAAAAAGGCAAACGAAAAACUCUUCCACAAAAUUGUUUCUCCUUAAAAAAAGGUUAAAUAAAAAAGAAAAAUUAACUUUGAAAAGAAGUUUUCUGAAUAGCUAGAUAUUAUAAAUGAAAAAGAAGACAAAAAGUUAAUAGAUUCUUUAAAACAUACAAAAAGUGUUCAAUUACCUGGAUUCUUUGAAAAUUAAAAACUCUUGGAAGAGAUUAAUGAAGGUUUGUAUGAUGAUACUAUUUUAUAGAGAAAAUAAAUUAAAAACUAAAAUGAAAUUGUUGAAAAAGUAGUAUAAGAUUCUCAACACCUUAAAUCUAACUCAUAGGAAAUAAAUGCUUUAAAGAAAUCUGAUUCAUCAUCAAAAAAUUUUUAAAUUGAUAACUCAAACAAAAAUCAAAAUACUGAAUUCAAUUUAGAUUAAAUAGCAAUAAAAACAGUUUCUGAUUAUAAAUAAACUUUUACAUCUAAAAGCGAUUAAGUGGAAUAGACUGUAACUGAUAGGGAAACAGUUAAAGAACUAGAACUAACACAGUCUAUAGAUCAAACUUCAAGAAAGGAUUUACAUCUCACAGCUGAAAUUACAGAAGACGAUAAUUAAUAAGAAGAUGUUGAUGAUGAUGAUUACGACGAUGAUGAUGAAGAUGAAGAUUAAAAUGAAAGUGAAAUUGAAUAUUAAUAAGAAGAAAUUAGUAAUUUGAUGGAAUCAAAAUUAACAAAUAGUGAACUUGCUAAUGAACAGACUGUUCAUCAUAUAGUUAGUGAAAUUUAAACAAUUUAAGAAAUAGAUGAAAAAGAAAAAUUAACUGAAGAGGUAAUUGAAAACCAAGUAGAUACUUAAGGAAAUGUUGUAGCUGUCAAAGUUGUAAAGAUAAAAUCUCCAAAAAAAAAGUAAGCAAAAAAUUAAACCCCUUAGAAAAAAAGAAAAACAAAGGUUGUGACUAAAGUAGAGAGUGAUUCCAAGUAAAAUGAAGAAUUGGGAGAAGUUAGAGAAGAUAUUUAAGAAGAAGAAAAAAAAGUAAAGACUAAAAAAAAGAAAGUGUAAAAAAAAGUUGAAGAUGAAGAUAUAGCUAAUAUGUAUAGCUUUUUACAAGCAGAUAAAGAGGAAAAGAAAGAAACUAAAACUAAAAAAAAGAAAAAGAAAAUUGCCAAAAAGAAAGAUGAAGAUUAUAGUUAGUCUGAUAGCUAAGAUUAAGAAGUUAAGGAAGAAUUAGGAGAUAGUAUUUAAGAAAUUGUAAACACUUCGGCUACAAAAAAAACAAAAAAAUUAAAGAAAAAAGCAGAUGAGAGUAGCUUUUCUAAACCUAAAAGAAAGAGAACAGAUACUUUAUAAUAGUAAUCAGAUGAAAGUCCAGACUCUUCCUUUUAAAAACUUUCUUCUUAAAAUAUAAGCUCUGUUGGAUAAACUUUGAAUGAUAUUGUUACUGAUCAAAAAAGUGCUAAAUUAGCCAAAGAGGAGCGCCUGAAAAGAGAAAAAAAAUAGAGAAUGGAAGAAGCUAAGUAAAGAAAAGAGGAAGAAAUUAGACUAAAAAAAGAAGAAGAAAGGUAAAAACGAGAGGAAGAAAGACUUAGAAAGGAAGAAGAAAGAUUAAGAAGAGAAGAGGAGAAAUAAAGAAAGGAGGAAGAGAGACUAAGAAAAGAGGAGGAAAGAAGAAAAAUAGAGCUUGAAAAACAACGAAUUAGAGAGGAAAGGUAAAAAAAAUUUAACUAAGAGCUAGAAAAAUUGAGAGAGUUUAACUUUGCUGAUGAAAUGGAGUUGCUUAAAAAGAGAAAAUUAACUUUAAGGGAAUUAAAAGAAGAAAUUGAAUACACUAUAGAAAAAUUAGGGGAUUAGGUAGAUGAUGAGUCUAAAUACAAUAUUCUAUCUUACAAGUAAAGAAUAGAAUAAAUUCAGCAUUUCUUAGAGAGUUUAGACAGUGCAAUAGAUUUCACUUUGGAAAAUAAUGAUAUUCCAAGAGAUUAUCUUAAAGAAAUAUUUAAUGUUAAAAAUAGAUGGGUGAGAGAUAAAUAUAAAGAAAAGAUAUUAAAAUUCUAAAAAGAAAUUUAGCAGCCAGAAGCUGAUCAAGGAAUAUUCUCUGAUAUAAAAGGGGAAGCUGUAGGAGAACAAGAAAUAUAAUUAAUUUUGAAAUAUGCUAGCUUAAAUUAGGAUGUUGAGGGCAUUCUAUAGAGGAUGCUUUAAUUUUCAGAUGAUACCAAUUAAUUAAUAAAAAUCAAAUAAAUGAUUAGAAGCAUGAAAUCUAAUGUUUCUCAAAUUGGAUUGGAUAUAAUCAAUUAUGUCAAAAUUAAAACUUAAAAAGACGAUGAUGAUGAUGAAGCUUAAACUGAUCAGCCAAUUUUACUCAGUGAAACAAGCUAAAAGUAAAGUGAAACAAAGUUUGAUAAUGAUAAAAUCUUGCUAAAAUUAAAAAAACUAAAAAAAUACCACAAAGAUAGAUUUGAAAUGGUUUUACAAAACUAAAAUAAAAUAAGAGAAAAUAAUAAUUUUUUAAAAUCUAUCAACUAUAAAAGCCAAAUAGAUCAAGAAAUAAUAAAUACUUAUAGUGUUGCAAAAAAAUCACAAAUAUGGGCUUCUAAAUUUAAUCCUAGUGUUUUUUGA